GGGCUGCUCUACGUUGGAUACACUAUUGUUUACAACUUGUUCUUUCACCCUUUGAGGCAUUUCCCUGGUCCCAAGCUGUGGGCCAUCCAUUAUGGAUUCUAUGCUCGCCUUGAGCUCUCUGGUGACGCCCACAAGCUGUUGAUUCCAUUGCAUCAGAAGUACGGCCCCGUCAUCAGGGUCGCCCCCGACCAUCUCGUCUUUUGCCAUCCGGACGCCAUCAACGACCUCUCUGGCCAUCGCAAAGCAGGUCAGCUCGAAAACGGCAAGGAAAUCGCCAGAAACCUACUCGUCCCCCAUACCAUUUUCUCGGCCGACCGGGAGAACCACACUCGAAUCAGAAAGAGCAUGGCCAACGGAUUCUCGAACCAGGCCAUGCUUGACCAGCAGCCCUUGAUCAUGACCUACGUCCAGAAGCUCUUCGAGAAGCUUGAUGAGGAGAGCGCAAACGGGAACAAGAUUGACAUCGCGGCCAGGUACAACUGGACCACGUUUGACAUUAUCGGCGACCUGGCCUUUGGCGAGCCCUUUGGGUGUCUUGAAAACUCCAUGUACCACCCAUGGGUUGAGAUGGUAUUCGAUGGCGUGAAGAAUGUGUCAGUUGACGCGACCUUUAGGCGUAUGCCACUCCUUUACAAGGGUCUCGUCAUGCUCACACCCAAGGCAAUGUUGGAAAAGCUCAAGCAACAUAGUAGCCUGUCUGAGCAAAAGGUUCGCAAGAGGCUGGACACGGUGACGGACCGCAAGGAUUUCAUUGCUGCCAUGACGUCCAAGAAGGGAAAAGACGUGACGCUUCAAGAACUCAUUGCCAACAUGGCCCUGCUCAUCAUAGCGGGCUCGGAAACGACGGCCGUUGCGCUGAUGGGAGCCACGUACUAUCUUGGUCGCAAUCCAGGGCCCCUGAAGAAGCUGUGCGACGAAGUCCGUUCUUCCUUCACGUCCGAGGACGAGAUUGACCUCGUGAGCGUUGGCCGCUUGAACUACAUGCUUGCUGUUCUGGACGAGGCAAUACGGCUUCACUCGCCAGUCCCCGGCACGACGCCGCGAACGAUUAAUGAGAAGGGAGAUGUUAUUGCUGGAUACUGGGUUCCGCCAGGAACGCACAUUGACAUAUGGUACUGGACCAUGUUUCACUACCCUGAAUUCUGGACUCAGCCGGAGGAGUUUAUCCCCGAGCGCUGGCUGGGAGACUCGCGGUUUGCAAACGACCAGAAGAGGAUAUUCACUCCUUUUUCCGUUGGUCCGAGGGUUUGCAUUGGAAAGAAUCUUGCCUAUGCUGAAAUGCGCCUCAUCUUGGCGAGACUCAUCUGGCGAUAUGAUAUCGAGCUUGUUGAUGAGAGCAUCGGCUGGGAUGCCAGAUCCAAGGUCUACAUCGCAUGGCAAAAGGGACCUCUGUAUAUUCGUUUGAAGCCUAGAGCACGGACAGCUUGA